GUGUACGUACUAUUCUCUCUAGUACAGUCCUGGCACACGACACCAAUACAUAAUCACCUGUCACCCUCCCCCACACACAGACACGCUCGUUACCAACACUUACGCACCUAAUCCCCCAUCGCCAGCUCGCCUGCGAGAACGCUGCCAGCUUCCUGGACCCAUCCGCCACUCCACGCCUCGCUCGCGAUUUCCAACAGUUACAAGUCACCACGUCCCUGUGCUACCGCAUACGCCGCCUAACGCCGCUCCUCGAGGGAGUCACUCUCCAGCCCCAGUACCACGCGCGCCGCAGAAAUGGUAUCGCAGAGCUAUUCUGCGAUCAGCCAGAGCGAUGUCGAUGGCGGGCCGGUGGUGUCAGCACCCGGCUCGGUUUCGGGCACACCCAGACGCCGACGGAAUAGUAAAGUACACUACGGGCAGGCAACAUGGACGAGCAGCGUGGUGAAUUUGCUCAACACGAUUGUCGGCGCGGGAGUCCUAGCGAUGCCGCAUGCCAUGAGCCAGUUCGGAAUGGCACUCGGCGUUUUUGUCAUUGUAUUCUCCGGCUGCAUGUCCGGAUUCGGCCUGUAUCUGCAGGCAAGGUGCUCGAAGUAUGUCGAGCGCGGGACGUCAAGCUUCUUCGCGCUGAGCCAGCUCACCUACCCCAAUGCCGCUAUCUUGUUUGAUGCCGCCAUUGCUAUCAAGUGUUUCGGUGUGGCGGUGUCGUAUCUCAUCAUCAUCGGUGACCUGAUGCCCCAGGUCGUGCGCGGGCUCGGCGUAGACCCGGAGAGAUUCGAGUUUAUGCUGGAUAGGCAUCUCUGGAUCACCGUGUUCAUGCUCGUGGUGAUCCCGCUGUCUUUCCUUCGCCGGCUCGACUCGCUGAAGUACACGUCGUUCAUUGCCCUGGUCUCGAUCGGAUAUCUCAUCAUAAUUGUGGUGGGACAUUACAUUAUCGGCGAUACGAUACCAGGAAGGGGCAAGGUCCACCCGAUCCAGUGGGCUGGUCCCAUUCAAGCUCUCAGCACGUUCCCGGUCGUUGUGUUUUCCUACACAUGUCACCAAAACAUGUUUGCGAUUGUGAACGAGAUUGAAGACAACAGCCACAAGUCUACGCUCAGCGUCGUCGUGGGCUCCAUCGGUUCCGCAGCAAGCAUCUACGUCCUCGUCGCCAUCACGGGCUAUCUCUCGUUCGGAGACCACAUUGGCGGCAACAUCAUCGCGCAGUAUCCCAGCACGUUGGCCUCGACCGUCGGCUGCGCAGCCAUCGUGAUCCUCGUCAUGUUCUCGUACCCCUUGCAACUCCAUCCCUGCAGAGGAAGUGUUGACAACAUCUUGAAAUGGCGGCCCCGCCGAGUGCACAGUCCUGCCAUCCCCGGCCGCGCCGUCGAGAUGAGCGAUAUCAAGUUUGCGGUCAUCAGUACGAUCUUAAUCGUGGGCACUUACAUUACCGCGAUGAGUGUUAAUAACUUGGAGACUGUUCUGGCUUAUGUUGGCAGUACCGGUUCCACCGCGAUCAGUUUUAUCCUCCCAGGCAUAUUCUACUGGAAGAUAUCGAGUCCCGACUCCGACAACCGAUACCUGCUCAAAGUGCACGACGAAGAGAACGACACCGAAGCGGCCGUGCAGGAGCAGACCUGGGGCCAAAAGAUGCUGCGACGCGGCGCGUUGGCCCUCACCUGCUACGGUGUCUUCGUUAUGAUCACCUGCCUGAGUCUCAAUAUAUUCUACAGUGCUAAACACUAGAGGUUUUUUUUUUCUAUUUGCGUUUUUCGAUUUUCGAUUUUCCUGUGUUUUUCUGGGGGCGUUUGGAAGAGGCCGGUCAGAGGUGCAAUGCUUGAUAUAUUUCUUGUUUUGUAGACUAGAUGGAUGACGGACGGGGUGUAUGAUAGGUACUAGGUGAACUACUCUAGAAUCUGGGUUGGGUGAAGGGGCACUCGCAAUAGAGGCAAAUUGAUCGGAUUUCUGCCAUGACUGGUCACUGGAGACAUGAUUGUGGACCCUG